AGAUCAAACAUUCUAUAGUGAUAAUAAUUCAAGAACACCGAUCAUGCGGAUCUGCGUGCGUCUAGGAUAUUUAAAAUUGAAGAUGAAGUGUAAGUGACUCUGAUGAGUUGGAGUGUUGAGUGUUGCGCGUUCGGUGGGCCGGUUUGACGUUCGAGAAUAGUUUGACGGAUGAGAAUUAUGGCGCCGGGGACUUCGUCGAUGCUGCGGGCGCGGCGACGCGACGUGAACGUCAAACCGAACCGCGUGCUCGACAGGAGCUCGUCCCGCGGCAUGAUCUACGAGAACGAGGAGCUCCGACUCAGGACGAUCAACAUCAACGCCGAAGUCGAGAGAAGCCAGAGCGAUAUCAAAAAACUUAGAAGAGAGAAUGAGCAGCUGAAGCGAGAAAUCUGGCAACUCAGGGAAGAAUAUGAUAAACUCGAGGACAAGCUUAAAGAAAAGGAACAACUGGAGGAACAGGAGGACGAAUCAGAGGACGAAGACGAGGAGGAGGAGAACGGAGAGGAGGAAAACGGAGAAGAAGAAAACGGAAACACCGAGGAAAGCGCGGAGAAAGAGAACGCCGACCAGGAAAACGCGCAGAACCAACGGAAAGCCGGUAGCAUCCGUAAGAUAUUCGAUAACCUCAGCACCGUCGAAGAAGUCUCUGAAGAGUCCUCCGAAAACGGGCCGUUUUCGUCUCCCCCCAAGCAGGAAAUCGGUUAUCCCCCCGGUUCCACCAUACCCCCUCAAUAUCUAGCCGCUCCAAAUCAUUUGCGACCCCCUCCACCACCGCAGAGGAUAGACCCCUCGGUUUUCCCUAACCAAACGACGAACCCAUUCCUCCAGCCGGUGCCUCCAUUGUGUCCCUGCUGUCGACUCCACGGUGGACCCUCCGAUCCAAGGGAUCCCGUCCAGAAUGGACCCGUUCGAGUCGAGGGUCCAACGCUGAGGACUGGACCCGAUGUUGGUGUUUACUCGGAUGGUUCUCAGACUGAUUGCCUGGAUAACUGCACGAGUUUGGAUCACCGGCUGCACCCCUUGCAACCGAGUUAUAGUCAUUUUCCAUUGCCUUGCGAUGCGAUCAACGGAGUCAUCCAGGAGGUCAAAUAUUCCACGCUGCCUACCCGGAUUCAAACUCCUAACACUCAGGUGCAAGGUGAAAUUGUGACGACCAUCUUGACGCGACGGCAAUCAUUUCAAGCAAAAGUGGAUCCACAAACGGGGACAGGAGUCACAGAAGUGAGACACGAUGCCGCAAAUUCAUUCCAAUGCACACCCUUCUCCGAGUCAGAGAGCACACAAUUCCUCCGUCUGAACUCGGUGCAGCCAUUCACUCUCACUUUCCAGACACAGCAGUUUCCUGAAAUCACGGUUCAAGAGGUGAUCGACGAGCUGCUGGGUCAGUUUUCGCCGGAGCUGCAGUCGUCAUUGAAAGGCGUGAGGAUGGUGAACGGGAGUUGUUUCGUGAGUUUGGGGCGUCAGGCGGACUUGGACCGGGUCCUCUCGUCAGGCGUCUCGAUCAAGGGCAAGACGGUGGAGCUGAGCGAUGCAUCCAUCGGCACCAGCGUCAUCUGUUUAUCGGGGGUCCCCCAUCACAUUCCAGACCAGACAGUCGAUAAAGUCUUGUCCAAGUACGGAUGUCUAGUUGGCCAGGUGGAGCGGCGACUUUACAAAGGCGUGGACAUCGGUGAGCGCUUCGCCCGGCUCCGGGCGCGGCUGGCCGUCCCGCGGUUCCUCUCCAUCGCUGGGCACACCGUCAAAAUCCGCGUCCUCCACGACGACGAAGUCAACAACCUGAGCAUAUCCCGCAGGAGAUCCUUCCGCUCCCAACUCAACAUCAGACUCACACUCCCGACGUCGGACAACACUCCCGACUCCUCCGCCAACGUCAACGACUCCCAGCCGUCGCUCUCCGACAGAACCGUCCCGCAAAUCCACCUCACACCCCCGAUCCCACCCUUACCGGGCGAGGCGGCGGAGAAGCCCGUCAUCUCCCCUCCGUUCGGUCACUACAACCCCUUCUGCGACGUCACCCAGAACUUCGCCCCCUCGACCGAGAGCCUAGAGAACAAGACCAACUCCUCAAGAAACACUCACCAUUCCCUCCCCGACUUCGUGGCGGUGUCCUCCUCCUCGGACCCGCACUUCUUUUACCCCGCCUCGAGUGGAGUCGUGUCCGCACCCGGGACUCUAACCGGCAAGGCGAAGGAGCCAGACCUCAAAGCUGGUCAGGCGAAUUGCUUCCAGUUCCCAACAGUGGCCGGGACUUCGGAGACGGGGAACCAAAGCCCGCCGAGCAGCGUGGACAAGAAGACUUGCAGCUCGGACAAGGACUUGGACUCGGAGAAGGAGAAGAAGGGCGAGAAAGGGAAGAAGAAGGGGAAGAAAGGCAAGCUGGCGAAGCAGUCCAAGUUGGCGGAGAGGAAGUCCGGGCCGCAGGUUAGCACGGAGUGCUCGCAGAGCUCUUCCUCUGGCCAGGACUCUCCGAGCAAGAACCGGCGGCAGCUCUCGGUGAAUUUCAAGAGGGACGGGGUGCCGGGUGGUGUUGGGGUCCCGCUCCGGGGUCACUCGCCGAUCUUCCGGGCGGCGUCGUUCGAGCGCCCCAGGGUGGGCCUCGACCGGGACACCGCCGCGGAUAUGGGCGGCAAUCUCAGCGAGUUCGAGCGGAGCAACAGCGAGACGAGCAGUCGCUUCGGCAGCUCGAACGCGCCCCGGAAGAUGAGCUCGACCGGUCGAGAGAAGGCCAAAGUCCCUUGGUGUGGCUGCUGGGGUAACGGGUGCUGCUGACCACCCUUUAUUUCUCUACUUUGUUCACGGAAAUCCAUGAGUUUUGGACUCUUUAAGUCGCAGAGUUAAUUUUUGUGAGUAACGAGGGAGAAAAGACAAUCCUGGGACCAAGCACGGUGUGGCACUGCAUCGACUUCAGGUCAUACGACUCACUGGAAAAAAACGCAUUGGAUCUAGAGUCCAGACUCUUAAAAACAUUGACAAGAAG